UUUUUUUUUUUUUAUUAUAACCUUCAUACUUACACAGCGAGAGAAAAUUAAUUUAUGAUGACAAAGUCCAGAACAGUAAAAGACCAAGUCACAGAACGUUGUAAUUUAACUAGGGUAUAUUUAGAAAACUGUCAGGGAUGACAAGGGACACAGGCAUUUGAAUACCUCAACUCAAACCACCAGCCCGCCUACAAAAGGCAGACAGGAAGUAGAACUCUGAAGCGCGUAUUGCUCUAUCAUGUGUAUUUCACAUCACGUCACACUCCUGAUAUCGUAGGGUGACCUCUUGCCCACGUGCGCAAUUUGUACUUGAGAAAAUCUCUGUACAGUAGGCCACAAACACUUAAGCUCCCCGAUUGGGCAGUCUUAUCCGGACGGCAGGCGCGAACCUGCCAGGAAGGCAAGAGUGCGGAUGAUAUGCAGUGCGAGAGCUGAGGGAGGGACUCAGGCGUGGCGAGAAGCAACCUGGUUACCAAGCAUGAAAAAUGCUCAGUCUCCAAGGAGAAGGUGCAGCUGACGCAGCUCUCCAUCGCUGACACACUGCAACCCACAUUCGGCUGGAAGAGCGAGGGUGUGCUGCGAUACGGCGCGGGAAGGCAGGAUCGAGCGCCGAGCAGGUGCUGUCCUUCCUGCUGGAAAUUAUGUUCUGUCCCAGGAGAAACAAGCACCGUUUCCUGUUCAGCCUUGGAAUCGGUAUUGCGAUCUACUCUGCCAUUUACCUGAGAGAAAAUAUAGUGCUAUAUUUCACUGCACACCCCAAGUCAGACAGCUGUAGGUCUUUUCCUCAGUACUGCGGGCCAUUCAUGGAAGAAGAUGCACCAUGGCAGAAGAGAGACUGCCUCUCUGAAAGCUAUUUCACCACAAAGGAGCCAAACUGCUCCCGAAUAGCAGAGGAGCUCUACUUUAUCACGGCUCCCUUGAGUCGAGAGGAAGAGGAGUACCCUCUGGCCUUCAUCAUCACCAUCCACAAGGAGCUGGAGUUGUUCAUGCGUCUCCUAAGGGCUAUUUACACACCCCAGAACAUCUACUGUAUCCACGUUGACACCAAAUCUUCACAGCAGUACAUGACCAUUGUCGGUCAGUUGGCCAGCUGCUUUCCUAAUGUGUUUCUGGCAACCACAAGAGAGGAGGUCACCUAUGCAGGCUUUUCACGCCUCAAGGCGGACCUCAACUGCAUGGCAGAUCUGGCCAGAUCCUCCAUACCAUGGAAGAAGGUAAUAAACCUAUGUGGCCAGGACUUUCCAGUGAUGUCCAAUCGGGAACUGGUGCGGUAUCUGCAGAGUAAGCCGUGGAAUGGGACCAACAUGACUCCAGGCGUCAAACAGCCGUCGACCAUGAUGCACCGAACACAGAUACAAUAUGAGGAGAUUAACCACUCCUACAUGGCCCCUAAGGGCAAGACGUACACAAAGGGGCCACCUCCACACAACUUGGACAUCUACUUUGGGACAGCUUAUUAUGCUCUCACACGGCCAUUUGUGGACUUUGUGCUACGGAGUACAGUGGCUAAGGACCUACUGGAAUGGUCCAGAGAUACCUACAGCCCUGAUGAACAUUACUGGGUAACGCUAAACCACCUAAAAGAUGUACCAGGGAGCCAUACAAAAGGAGAAUGGGAAGGUAACAUUCGUGCAGUAAAAUGGAAAGACCAAGAGGGAACAAAACACAAAGGGUGUAAAGGGCAGUAUGUUCGAGACAUCUGCGUCUUUGGAUUAGCAGAUCUGCCGUGGGUCAUUGCCAAGAACAGCAUGUUUGCUAACAAGUUUGAAAGACAGAUCUUCCCGGAGGCAGUAGACUGCCUGGAACUAUGGCACCGACAGAAAGUUCUGCAGGAAGCAGAUGUUCCCAUCCAGCCAGAAUGGCGCCUUACAACAAGCAGAGUCUCAAAUCAAACUCUUGUUGAACCAGCCACUGUGGCCGGCAGAUAAUGAAAAACAAUUACCAGUUACUGACUUUUUACCAAAUCCCGAAACUAUAGAUUUUUAAAUACUGCCUUUGCCGUGUUCAACAUAUGACUAAACUGUACUGUCACAAAUAUGUAAAUCUAUAGAUAGUAGGGCUGCGCGAUAUCACAUCGCAAUGUAAUAGUGACUAUAUGGCACAUGCACAAUGAUUAUCAGGGCUUUAUAUAAUGGGCAAAACAUUUGCCUGGACGCCGGUAUUUUGGCACUAUACGGACAUCUACUUACGCCCACAAUUUGUUAAGCAGAUUAGUAGUACACCUAAAAUACUAAGGAGACGUGUAUUAUGACACCCAAAAGUUAGUUAUCUGUAUAAAAUUUGAUGUAUCCUUAUGUUUUAUAAAUGUGACGGGCUGUAAACUGCAAAAAAAAUACCGCUAGAAUGGCAAGACGACAGAGAAUCAAGAAUGCAUGCAUGCAUGCAUGUAGCAUUCAACUAAACUAUAAUACAGUGGUGAGAGAAAACCAGUCCAUUAUGGAUCAAGGUAUGGUGACUUUCUGCAUUUUUUUUUUGGCUUUGACAAAGACGUAAAACAUGCACAGCCCAUUGGAUGCAUCAUAACGGAAAAGACCUCCAUACAGACAAGGCACCACUUCUGCAGUUGUCAUUAAGAUAUCAAAUACAGAUCAACGGAGCACAUGUAAGGACCACUGUUAUCUACCACAGCUGGGGAACACCACAGCUAUUCAAGUCUCAAAACAGCAUUUAGUUACACUGUCCAAACUAGGCCAUUUGUACAUAUGUAUAUUUGCAAUAUUUGUUUUUAAAUAAUGUGACUUGCUUUUUUUUUUUUAAAUCUAGUUUAAGUUUCCAGCCAGGUUUUGCAUUGCUUAGCAUUCUGCAGUGGGGACAAGGAUUUGGACCUAGUCGUACCUCACCACUGGUACAAAAAAAAAAGAAAACUGAGAUGUACCUGAUUGCACUGAUGUCAUAAUCUGGAGAUUCAUAAGUGAACCUUUCCAUCUUAGCUGAUCCAGUACAAUAGAAUCAGAAUCAGCUUUAUUCGCCAAGGGUGCUGGGGCACAACAGCUUACCCAUUGUUACUUUGGCCAUUGUUCCUAAUGGUACUGGGGAGAUUGCUGGUAUACAGAUUCUUUAAAAGCCAAAGAAUAAGCCAGUAAACGUUAUGCUAUACGAUUUUUAGCCCAUGGGAGCGUAUCAUUACAGGAACGUGGCCUGCACAAUACGGGAUGUUGCACGAGAUGUGGGUGAAGUUGUCACGUUGCAAGGACGGUGAUAGUGACUUGGAUGGAAACCAUCAUUAACUUACACUAAAACGUUUUUAUACCGUCAUAGGAAAAUGUAAGGAAUUUGCGGGCAAUUACGUCGCCCACAUACCACAAAGCUGCGCGCGUGCGCAAUUGCGCACUGCUGACACAGUCUCCACACAAAAAAAUCCAACCGCGCACAAAAAAAAAAAAAAUCCAACCUGAAUUGAAAAUAAACACAUAAUUCAUUCUGUGCUAUUUCGCAAUGCGAGUCAGUGAGUGACCGGUGACUGGCUGCUCCAGCCAAUGAUGCCAUUCACAUACGUAUUUACGCAGCUAAUCAAUGUCACUGACAGGCUAUGACAGCGUCCUUAUGUGCCGCCACCGGUGUUUUAGCUAGCAAAGCGGUGUGGCAGAUGGAGAGUGAAGACAUGCUAAUGAUGCCAAGUGCUGCUUCUGUUGACCCUUUAUAAUAAUGGCAAAACGAACAGGCAGUGGCACAUCCCCUCAACAAGCCAAAGUAAAAAAGAAAUGCGAUUCUUUUAAGAUGGAAUGGAGUAUGUGCAAACAGAAGAAAAAAAACGGUGAAACUGGAUGAGAUUUUUUCUUUUUCGAGCGAGAAAGGUCUGCUCUGCAAAACAUGUUGCAAAGCCAAAAUACCAAGCGACUUUUCAGAGGGAAAAGUGUGGACAGAAUGGAAGCUGGACUACCUGAAGCAUCACAUUCAGCACAAAAGUCAUUUGAAAGCGGUUGGAAUUGUAAGAAGAUGUAAGAUGGGAAUGGGGAUCGGUACAUUGUUGGGGGAGAGCGCCAAAGACCGCGAGAAGAGGAACGAGCUGUCACUCGUAAAGAAAUCCAACCCCGAGCAAGUUAAAGUUCUCAUCGACAAUAUUCUACUAGCCAUCAACAUGAAUGCUUCUACGCUGUCAGUUCAACAAAUUCACGAUCACAUCAAGUAUGUAAGUAUACCAGAAAGCUGGCGAAGCAAAAAUUAUGCCUUUGAGUUUGUGAAUUCGAUUAAUCAAAUAGUGCAGAAUGAGACGAUGUGUAAAGUUAAAAAUGCACCUUGGCACACCCUGAUUGUAGAUGAGAGCACAGACAUAGCAGUGCACAAAAUGCUAGUCCCAUAUAUGAAAUAUAGGGAGGAAAAUACCGGCAACCAUAAAACUGUGUUUGGCGGCAUCAUCCAGUUGACAGCAUGCACUGCUCAGGAUAUUGUGCAGGCAAUAACUCAGUUUUACACCAAGCAUGAACUAGAUAUGCAGAGAAUGGUGAUGCUGACCUCCGAUGGUGCCUCAGUAAUGUUAGGAAAGCACAACGGAGUUGCAGCUUUAUUAAAGCGGCAAAUACCACACCUAACUGAACAACACUGCGUGGCCCAUAGAGAGGACUUGGGCAUUGAUGAUGUUUGGAAAAAUGUACCUUUGAUGCGUGAUGUGGAAACACUUCUUAGAACGGUUUAUUCCACUUUCUCUAGAUCCACUGUAAAGAGGGGGAAAUUGGAAGACCUAACAAAGAUUCUUGAUGAGGAUACACUGUCAUUCAGGCCUCUAAACGAAGUGUGAUGGCUGUCGCGGGACCAAACUGUGAAUGCUGUUCUGAGGAACUACACUGUGCUGGAAGAACACUGCAAGAGAGAAUCCAGUGAUAACAGAGAUCCAGUGGCAAAUUACUGUUACAAAAAGCUGACCGAUUCAAAGUUCAAGGUUACUCUCACUGCUCUGGGAGAUGUUUUGGGCGAGCUCUCACACCUGUGUCUUUCCUUUCAAAGACGCAGCCUGACUGUGAUGGAAGGGCACUGCUUUGCAAGAGCAAAGAUUGAGAAGUUGCGUUCCCAAUACUUGACAGAGGAAAAGGAUGUUAAGUGGAGUGACCGUGUCAAAGAGGCGAUGAGGGCCUCAUCAGCCAAUAGCAAAAAUACCGGUGAGAUUACUCGUUUUAUUCGUAAGCUUUGUGAUCACUUGGAUGCUCGUUUUCCAGAGGAUGAAUUAAAGGAGUGGUCUGCAUUUGACAUUGAGGCACUGAGCUCAGACAUCAGUUUUGAGUAUGGAGCAGCAGACAUUGCCACACUGGCAAACAAGUAUGAGGUCAUUCUCCAUCGCCCACAUUCUGUGGAGGUCAUUAACAGUGAAUAUGCUGAAUUCAAGUAUAUAAUGAGGCAAAAACUUAAACACGGGUCAAUCAGCACAUUCUCAGAUAUGGUGGCUGCAACUUUAAAAUGAGGAGCUAAAACACAUCUCACAGCUUGUGGAUAUUUGUGCUACAUUUCAAGCAUCCAGUGCAGAUUGUGAAAGAGGCUUUAGUUUGAUGAAUCGUAGCAAAACAGCAUCCAGAAAUCGUCUUGAAGUGGAGCAUUUGGACCAGCUGAUGCACAUAAAGUCAAAGCUGCAAGCAGACGCGGCCAUCAACCUGGACAACGAGUACAACCAUUGGAGACGUGAGAAGGACAGACGGAAAAGUUAAG